AUGGCUGGAGCCUUCCUCUGCGCCGAUGCCCAGUCCAGGCACAGUGUCCAACCCAGCUCCAUGGCAGGAGUCUUCCCAGGCACGGUGCCCAGUCCAGGCACAGUGGCCAGUCCCAGCUCCAUGGCUGGAGCCUUCCUCUGCGCCGAUGCCCAGUCCAGGCACAGUGUCCAGCUCCAUGGCAGGAGUCUUCCUCUGCACGAUGCCCAGUCCAGGCACAGUGUCCAGUCCCAGCUCCAUGGCUGGAGCCUUCCUCUGCGCGGUGCCCAGCCCAGGCACAGUGUCCAACCCAGCUCCAUGGCUGGAGCCUUCCUCUGCGCAGGUGCCCAGUCCAGGCACAGUGGCCAACCCAGCUCCAUGGCUGGAGCCUUCCUCUGCGCCGAUGCCCAGUCCAGGCGCAGCGUCCAACCCAGCUCCAUGGCCGGAUCCGUGGUCGGGGCGGGGGCUACGACCCGCACCGGAGCCGCCAUCGAUACUAGUCACCCCCUACCCUCCCCAUUUGGUUUCAGGAAUGGAGUGGCGGGGAGAAUGGAGUGGCGGGGAGAAUGGAGUGGCGGGGAGAAUGGAGUGGCGGGGAGAAUGGAGUGGCGGGGAGAAUGGAGUGGCGGGGAGAAUGGAGUGGCGGGGAGAAUGGAGAAUGGCGGGGAGAAUGGAGUGGCGGAGAGAAUGGAGUGGGGGAGAAUGGAGUGGCGGGGAGAAUGGAGUGGCGGGAAGAAUGGAGUGGCGGGAAGAAUGGAGUGGCGGGGAGAAUGGAGUGGUAAGAAGAAUGGGGGGCGGGAAGAAUGGAGUGGCGGAGAGAAUGGAGUGGCGGGAAGAAUGGAGUGGCGGGGAGAAUGGAGUGGCGGGGAGAAUGGAGUGGCGGGGAGAAUGGAGUGGCGGGGAGAAUGGAGUGGCGGGAAGAAUGGAGUGGCGGGGAGAAUGGAAGAAUGGGGGGCGGGGAAGAAUGGAGUGGCGGGGAGAAUGGCGGGAAGAAUGGGGGCGGGAAGAAUGGAGUGGCGGGGAGAAUGGAGUGGCGGGAAGAAUGGAGUGGCGGGGAGAAUGGAGUGGCGGGGAGAAUGGAGUGGCGGGAAGAAUGGGGUGGUGGGGAGAAUGGAGUGGCGGGGAGAAUGGAGUGGUGAGAAGAAUGGGGGGCGGGAAGAAUGCCAUUGA